AUGGAAGUCUCCAUAUUCUUCCUUUAUGCUAUGAUACUUCUCCCAGGUACUGCUGGCAGCGUGCAUGAGGUGAAGUCAUUUCUCAAUCACACUGCAUACCUAUCCUGCUAUUUUCCAAACUCUCAGAAAACUGACAUAAAGGAUUUAAUAGUUUUUUGGCAAAAAGGCCUUGAAGUGGUGCAUGAAGUGUACUACGGCCAAGAGAAACAUGAUAAUAUUAGUCCUGAAUAUAAAAAUCGCACCAAGAUGGAUAUGGACAAAUGGACCUUGCAACUGUUAAAUGCAGGAAUUGUGGAUGAGGGGCAGUAUGCAUGUAUUAUACAGCAGAGAGUUAAAGGAAUUCCAAGGAUCAUACAUCAGUCUGAGUGCUUACUGCACAUCAUUGCCAACUAUAGUCAACCUCAGAUAGCAUGGCUGCACAAAGGGGAACUAAAGCCCAACGAAUACUUGAAGCUUUGCUGUUCUUCCAGUGGAGGUUAUCCAAAGCCCAAGGAAAUGACUUGGCUAAUUUCACAUGAAAAUAAAACACACAGGCUUAUGAAUCACAUGGAUAUCUCACAGGAUGCUGUAACAAAGCUGUACAAUGUUACUACCAAGCUGAAUACCACAGUUCCUACAAACACCCUUACUAAUAUCAGCUGCUUGCUUCACCUUGGAGAGGAGCUGGGGAGCCUUGUCUCAGUGCCGCUAGGCAUAGAGAUAAUUCAGGGGGAAGAAAUAGAGCAAGUGAAGAUACAUUUCUUUGGCCCACUUAUAGCUGUGAUUGUGCUGAUCACAAUUCUUCUGGGGUUUGUGGUCUUGAAGAACAGAAAUAUCUCAUCCACCAACCCGA